CUCAGAGGGAGUUGAAACGGGUGCGUAAAGCCCAUGCAGGUUCAGGCAUUCAUGUAACAUAGUGGCACACACACUGUCUGCGCACGCACUUGCACAGCGAAUGGCAUCACUGACGGAGGCACACGCGUUGAGGCUUGGACUUCACGUUUUACCAAGUGGAAUAUGCUUCUAAUCUGAAAGACUGCGCCUUGAAUCCUAUCAGAGAGUUGCUUCAUGCUUAUUAACGUAAACCAGAGGCGGUUGAAUAUCUUACCCGAGCUCUCUCACAUUUUAACAAGGACAUAGCCCACGCGUAAAACCUUGACAGGACACUGUGCAACAUUUUGAGUCUGAGAACAAAUUAAAUAGAAGAGAUUUUAUUCUAGAUUCUGGUUAACGACGGGUGAAUUUUUGUUUCUUUAGGAACGGAAAAUCUGCAACGCAUCAAACGCGCACUGUCAAAGUGCACGUGCAUUUUUUUAACACUGUAACAAGAAGGAACGUUGUAGCAAUUUCACAAUUGUGGAAAUUCAAAGCAACUAUUCUUUGCAAGGGGCCCUACAAGUAUGUAUGAUUUCAACAUGUUUGUAGUACUAGAUUCCCAUGAUCUGGACCUCCGUUAGAAUUGUAGAGAUCUGUGCAGUGAAGUAGCCUAGUUUUGUGUGUGAGAACCUUUUAUCCUUUCUUAUUGGACUAUUUCAAACACGCAUAUACCCUGGUCUGUGGAUGACACUCUUCCUAUACCAAUGAUGUCAAAUCUCGGAUUUUAAGAUUUUCAGAGAAUGGUCAAUGAUCGAUGGACAAUCAUGAACAGUGUGUCAGAACUCGAAGAUGGACAACAGCAUAAAUCUCAGAGGAUGGGCUGUAGCUAUUUCCUGUGCACCAUUCUGUUCUUCGUGGCCGUCCUCCUGGCCAUCAUGGCAACUGGUACCAUCCUACUCAUGAACCACUACCAAGCUCCACCCCCCGGCACCAACGACGGCCCCCCACUCAUCUCCACCAACCACGACGAGGGCAACGCCCUGGUGACGGUUGAACGGGGCGAUGGUUCGCGCAUCAACAUCUUCAUCGACCCCAACUGCCCCGACUACAACAACAACUUCAUGCGGCUGGAGGCCGUGCAGACGUCGCUGCUCCACUCUCUGACCGGCCAUGACACGGACCUGAAGUCAGUGAAGGGCCAGGACCGAGCCCUGCUGGUGAAGCUGGCUGAGGAGGUGGCCAUGCUAUCGGGCCACGCCAGCCAGCUUAAGUUGGAGUACGAAUCUCUGAGGCGAGGCCAGGGGAACCUGGGACAAGAGCUCAACACUCUGCAGACGGAGCAAGGCCGGCUUAUCCAGCUGCUGUCCGAGAGCCAGAUCAACAUGGUGAAGGUGGUGAACUCCGUGAGUGAUACACUCAACUCCAUGCAGAAGGAGACAGGGAACCUGAAGAGCAAGCUGAAGGCAGACCUCCAGAGAGCACCUGUCCGUAGUACUCGGCCCAAAGGCUGCUCCAAUGGCUCUCGACCUCGGGACUGCAGUGAUAUCUUCACCGGUGGUCAGCGGGAGGAUGGGAUCUACUCUAUCUUUCCCACACACUACCCUGCUGGCUUCCAGGUCUUCUGUGACAUGACAACGGAUGGAGGAGGAUGGACGGUCAUUCAGCGCAGAGAGGAUGGCGCAGUGAACUUCUUCCGAGCAUGGGACGCAUACCGCAACGGCUUCGGCAAGAUUACUGGAGAGCACUGGCUUGGUUUGAAGAGGAUGCAUGCCCUGACCAUCCAAGCCAACUACGAGCUGCGCAUUGACCUGGAGGACUUUGAGAACGGCACGGCCUUCGCCCAGUACGGAGCCUUUGGAGUGGGACUGUUCUCCGUUGACCCGGAUGAGGAUGGAUACCCGCUGACUGUUGCUGAUUACUCAGGCACUGCAGGUGACUCAAUGCUCAAACACAACGGGAUGAAAUUCACCACCAAGGACCAAGACAACGACCACUCAGAGAACAACUGUGCCUCCUUCUACCACGGUGCCUGGUGGUACCGCAACUGCCACACGUCCAACCUGAAUGGACAGUACCUGCGUGGGCCGCACACCUCCUACGCCGACGGCAUUGAGUGGUCCUCCUGGACGGGCUGGCAGUACUCCCUUAAAUUCGCUGAGAUGAAGAUUAGAGCCACGACAGAGGAGAACAAAUGAAAGGGAACAGAUAGUACGAGAAACCAUAGAUUGAUGGACUUUGGCGUUAUUAAAGACACUCUACCUGCCGAAAAUUAGAGUAAGGACUCUGAAACCUUAAUCUGCUCGUACUGUAACCCCUGUCCAAAAACAUUCUCAAUCCCCUCCAAACGUUGACCAUUUUGUGGUGUUGUGUUGAAACCUCCAAGGUUUUGUAACCUUUUGUAGCUUCUUGCUGAUCUGAUCAUGUUUCUAAGAAUGAUUUAAAAAACAAAUGCAGGCAAUGUCCGAACUACAGUAUUGUUGUGCUUUGAAAAGGAAAGCUGUGGAAUUUUGAAAUAUGAAACGUUAGGAUUUUUCUCAUUCUCCUGAGUGAAAUUGAAUUGAAUGAAUUGAGUUUCCUACAGUUUAUUUGGGUUGUCCCAGCUGCUUGUGUGUACCGUUAACUUUGCAUCUGACAGCAGUCUGAGUUCUCCUAAGUGUUAUGAAGGGGGUUCAGUGAACCCCGCUCACGAGAUGAGGAACCUUGCUUGAGACCUGAAUACGUGUGAUAGGUCCCUGAGCUAAUGCUCAGACUUUAGCUCAGUGGGUUAACACUCUCUUGAGACACGCGAUAGACACAGGUUUGAACCCCAGUCAGUUACAUGAUCUUGUGGUUUACCCCUAGCUCCUUUUUGACCCCUAGACAUACCUUGUACAGAUCAUGUGUCAGUCCAGUGCCCCAGUAAGACACAUUCAUGACAAAGCAUUAUAUCAGUCAGUCAGACAGGGGUUUUAAAGCCAGCCCAAUCACUUCACAACAGGCAGCCUUGCCUUUUACCUUACAUUUACAAAUACAAUGAUCCCACAAGAGUGGCUUUGAGCAACAUGCACGUGUGACCUGUUACAAUGAAAGUAGAGAGAAUGAAGAGAAUAUGUGAAAGGGCUGGGCCAGCCCAGGCGUGCCAAUUAUAAUCAGAGGCCUGGAUCUCUGAGAACCAAGUCUAUUUCACUGAUAUGCUAUCUUGACUCAACUCAAAUUAGUCCUUUCAAUAUACUGGAUUUUGCUUACUCCUGAAGCCUUCUAGUCUGUCAUCUUCAGGAGAUGAUUGAUAAUGUAGGGCAAACUGUGUUCUUUACUCAGUCAGAGCACCAAAAAUUGAGAUUCCCCUAUGGGCAACCAAAGUUUAAAAAAAUACGAAAACAUUGUGACAUAAUACAACAACUGCUGGUAAUUCAUUCCGUGCAAAGAGCAGCCUUUUCAUUUGUCCAGAUGUUGAAUGACAUUGUGUCACUGGUACAGUAUGAGUGUAUGUCUUUCUCAUUAUUUACAGUGAUAUGAUAUAGUGUUCGAUACCUUGGAGGCAGCAGACAAUUGUACAUCUGUGUAGUUUCCAGACCUGGGUUCAAAUACAUUUGUAUCUGCUAUUAAAAAUACUUUUUAUUGUGUAUUUGAGUAUUUUUUAAAUAUACAGCCCAAAACAAUGACUUUUAUUUGAGUAUUUGAAUGUUUAUUACAAAAAUGGAACAAAUAAAAAAGUCUAUCAAAUUGUAUUUGAAAGUAUUUUCAAAUACUUUUCUGGAACACGGUUUGAAUCCCUUUUAAAAUAUAUUUUCACCAAACAUAUUUCAAAUACCCUCAAAUACUCUGCUUUAAAUGUUUAGCAAAAUCCAGAUGUUUAUAUACAAUCCUAUGAAUAUAUGUUCUAAGUAAAUCGAUCAGUGAAUUGCUCAAAGGGACUUAGAUUUUGGCCACCAGACGGAAGCAGUGUGUGUGCAAAGGUUAAGACUGAUCCAGUGGAGAAUUACAUUACUGCACAAUAUUUUGUAUGAAGUCUGCCAGGAGUUUGCCUAAAUAUGGCAAAUUGGUCAAUUCAUACAUUUUCAAGUACAUAACUAUAGAGAACAUACAAAAAUGCUAUGGUAAUAAAUGUUUUUAUCUUAUACAAUAACUUUCACACAUCUAGAUGGCCGGUGUGGAGUCAAAGACAGCAGUGGGGUCAAACUGUAGACCCCAGUUCAAACAUUUGAACAUAAAAAUGGAUUUUAUCAAAGAAAACGAUUCUACAUUUUAUCUCUGGGACCCUCAGGAUGACAUAUCAGAGCAAGAUUACUGAUUGUAAGUACAUUAUUUACCUUCAGAGGUGAAUGUACCAAACUAGUUGCCGUGAUACGUUUUUUGUUGUUGUGUACUCCUCAAACGGUAGCAUUGUAUUUGUUCACUGUAAUAGCAACUGUUCAUUGGAGUUAGACACUGCAGUUAGAUUUACAAUAAUUUAAGCUUUCUCCCCAUAUAAGACAUGUCUAUGUCCCAGGAAAGUUGGCUGUUAUAUACAACGUCAUUCUAGUCACAUUAGCGCACAUUAGCAACAACCACUCCGGUUUAGGGACACCUAUCCUGUAGAGGUUUAAACUGCUGAGGGAUAGGGCUGGUGAAAUGUUAUCAAAAACAACAAAGAUAUUGAGGAUUACCUAAAUCACCCAAUAUCUUCCACCAACUACUGAUCCUCUGGAAUUCUGGAAAACACACAGUCACACACACCCAACACUGAGCAGAGUUGCUGCUGAGUACUUACAUGUCCCAGCAUCCUCCGCAGCUGUGGAGCGGCAUUUUAGCAUUGGAGGGCAUAUCUUCAGACCAGAUCGCUGCUCAAUGUCCGACAAGCUUCUUGAAACCCUGCUGUUUUUGAAAUGUAACAUGGCAUCUUGCCAUCUUUCAUGAGACACCAACGGAAGGUAGCCUAGUGGUUAGAGCGUUGGACUAGUAACCGAAAGGUUGCAAGAUCGAAGAUCAGCUCCCUGAGCUGACAAGGUAAAAUCUGGUAUUCUGCCCCUGAACAUGGCAGUUAACCCACUGUUCCUGGGCUGUCAUUGAAAAUAAGAAUUUGUUCUUAACUGACUUGUCUAGUUAAAUAAAGGUAAAAUAUAUAUUGUGAUUAAAAAGUGAAGUAAGACCUAUACAUGUAAUAUCUAAAUACUUGUUUUGUAAAGUAAUUUAAAUACCUGAAAUCGUAUUUGAACCGAGAUCUGGUGGGGCCUAUAAAAGUCAGAGUGACAAAGGGUUGUUACAAAGUAGAAAUGGCACAAUGAGGCUCACAACUUGGAGUCAAUAUUGAGACAACAUUGUGUUGUGUGUUUGCCGGGAAUGUGGUGGUCUCCUAUGCAUUCUGUAGUAUGUUGCAGCCAUUGUUAAUUUACUGUAAUUUUGUAUUUAUGUUUAAGUUACUGUUUGUUUUGUCAUGAGUCUUUCCAUUUAAAGGUUGAGUGAAAAUAUUGCUUAUAUGGUGAUAGGUAGAGAGGUCUGUUUAAGUUAGGCUGAAACACACUUAAAGUGAGAUUUUAAUGUUGGUAUUAUUAUGAGUGCUUUUAUAAUGGUAAGCUGUUGUUGUAAAAUAUCCCUCAGUCCAAUAUGAGCACUUAAUAAUCAGAUCUUCUGAUUGACAUUCAGUAUACUUUUUAUGUUUUUGUCUCAAAAUGAAUAAAACAAAAAAACAUUGUGUUUCGAUGUGUAAAGUUGUCUCAUCACAGUAUUUUAAAAUAAAGGUAUACUAUAAGAACUAA